AGAUUUCGGUUAAUGGAAAAUCAAAGGAACGAAAAGGAAGAAAAAAAUGCAAUUGCCGUUGUGGAGUCCUCCUCGGAGAAGUCAGAUUCACAAUUUUCAGAUAACAAGAAGCUGUUUAGGUUUCGCUACGGCAAUUUUGAUCGUUAUUACGGCUGUCGCAUCGAGCGAGGCAGUGGCAAGGAUCCUCGAUUAUCUGUUUUUAAAAAAGAGUGGUUUGAAAAGAAGUCAGUGUUAGACAUUGGCUGUAAUGCUGGAUACAUAACUUUAUGGAUUGCAAGAGAAUUUUCUCCAAAUCGCAUUCUUGGUAUUGAUAUUGAUGCCCAUUUAGUGGGUGUUGCAAGGAAAAAUAUUCGCCAUUAUUGUGAUAAAAGUAUUGAAGGAAACUUCCCAGCUUCAUUUGCUCAUCGUUACGGUCCAGUAAGUGCUCCGCCAGUUUCCUUUUCGACGAAAUUUCCAGAUAACGUAUGGUUUCGACAGGAAAACUAUGUGUUGGAGCACGAUGAAUAUCUCGAUGCGGUGAAAGAAGAAUUUGAUGUUAUCCUUGCAUUGAGCAUCACAAAGUGGAUUCAUAUAAACUGGGGUGAUGACGGUCUGAAACGAUUUUUCAGACGGAUAUAUUUGCAUUUGAGACCCGGUGGUAAACUGAUUCUUGAGCCACAGGACUAUAAAUCUUAUUACAAGAGGGCAAAGUUGACGGUAAGUAAAACUCUUUCUGAAAAGCUUGGAGAGUUCCUUUUGAAGGAAGUUGGGUUUACGGAUUGUGAAAAUAUUGAAGUACCUAAGGCUAAGUCGAAAGGUCAUUCCAUUCUAUGUCAAAUUUCAUAUUCAGUAAAUCAAACGUUGACUCAAUAG